UACUGAUACCAGUUUAAAUAGUCCUUCCUCUUUAUACCCAAUUCUUCUUCCUCACAGCUCUUGCAAUGGCAUUUUCAUUCUUGCCAAAGCAGAAAUUCUUCAUCCUCACACUAUUUUUCAUUGCCAUAUUUUGCUGCUUCUCAGGUUAUGCAGAUGACAACCCUGGGCAAAUGACAGCACAAGCCUUGUUUUGUUUCAACAAUAAGCUUAUCUACAGUGGCUGUGAUGAGACAUAUAGAUUGAAUCCAAGUGGAAAUAUUAAUGUACCUCCUGAGGCUGCUGACCUAUUCUGCAAUGGACCAUGCCUAUUUGAGACACAAGAAGUUCUCAAUUGCAUCAAUAACUUAUUAUCUAACUUCUUAUUCUACAACAAGGCCACCAUACCAGAUGUUAGAUAUGCACUCAAUGCUGGCUGCAGCAACACCAACCAAAGAGGGAAUUUCAAUGUGGGACAAUACAUUGAUGGAUUUACAAGCAAUGCGCACAGAUCAACAGAUUGGAUCAGCCACCACACAUUCAUGCUGAUUAUUUGGCUAUUGUUUUUCCAUUUUAUAUGAAAGCCUCCAGUAUCUUCCAUUUAAGGAAUUUUUAACGUAGUGAAAUCUUAUGGCUGGCUUAAAAAGCUUAUGUUUCA